AUUAUUAAUUGUCAUUUAAUUAUUAAUACAAAAAAGGUGGUGUCAUUGAUUCAAAUAUGAUUAAAAAAUUUGAUAUAUAAAAGGACCAAUUAUAUUCACUGGAAUUUCAGUAGGUCUUGUGUUCACCAUUUGAUCAAUAUAUAUGCUAUUCAAAUCAGCCUUAGCGUCAAGUACGUCUAAGAUCAUGUCUACUCAAAUUCCUAAAAUCCAAAAAGCCAUUAGAAUCCAUGAAGCUGGUGGGUUAGAAGUUUUGCACUAUGAAGAUGUUGUUGUCCCAUCUAUCAACGAAGAUGAAGUGUUGAUUAAGAACAAAUAUGCAGGUGUCAAUUUUCUCGAUACUUACAUUAGAACUGGGCUAUAUGAUGCUCCUAAACCAUGUAUUCUUGGGAGGGAAGCCUCUGGUGUUAUUGUUGCUAAGGGGAAACAUGUUCAAGGCUUCGAGAUUGGUGACAAUGUUGCAUAUGCUUCAGAAGGAACUUUUGCUCAAUACACUAAAUUCAACCCAUCGAUAAGAAUUUUCAAGUUACCAAAAGAUGCUUCUGAAGAGAAAUUACAAUUAUAUGGUGGGUUGUUCAUUCAAGGGUUUACUGGGUUAACUUUCACCACUGAAGCUUAUAAUGUCCAGAAAGGUGAUUAUAUAUUGGUUCAUGCUGCUGCAGGAGGAACGGGCUCAAUACUUACACAAGUGAUCAAUGCCCGCGGUGCCCAUGUUAUUGCUACAGCUUCCACACAAGAAAAGCUACAAAUUGCAAAAGAGAAGGGUGCAGAAUUCUUGAUCAACUCUAAAACUGAAAAUAUCAGCAAAAGAGUUAUGGAAAUUACUAAAGGGAAAGGGGUUCAAGCAAGUUUUGAUGGCGUUGGGAAAGCCACUUUCCAAGCUUCAAUUGACUCAUUAGCUAGAAAAGGGACCUUGGUUACGUUUGGUAAUGCUUCUGGCCCUGUUCCUCCAGUACAUUUGGGUAUUAUGCUUCCAAAGAACUUAAAAUUAUCAAGACCAGCUUGUUUCAACUAUCUUGUUGAAAAAGAGGAGUGGGAAUAUUAUUCAGAAAAACUCUUUAAAUUGAUUGAAGCCGGUGAUCUAAAGCUUGAUAUUUCUAAAGUUUACCCUUUAAGUGAAUACAAGCAAGCAACUGAAGAUUUGGAAGGUAGAAAGACUACUGGUAAGUUGAUCUUAAAGAUUCCUCAAUAAUCAGAAUGAUGCCAAUUCUGGGGUGACCACGCUGUUUAUUUUUUACCAUUGCACCAUGAUUUAAAUAUCUUGAAUUUCAAUACAAUAUUUAUGACUAUACAUUGCUUCUACUAUAGAAUGGAAGAGAAAUUGUAGCUUCAUUAACUUAUAUCCCAUUACAUUGGACUCACCUUACACAGCUUCAAAAAAUCACCAGAAAACACACACACACACCGCUUCAACCCUCCAAAAAAAGGAAUUAUAUAUAAAUCAACGAACUAUGAUACAAAUCCAACAAGAACUACUAUUUACUAUUUAGUUCUUUAUACUUUUAUAUACACCAAUCGAAGAUUAAAUAUUACAAUUUAUAAUUGAAAUGUAAUUGGCUCAAAGGUCUAGUCCCUCAUGUUCUUUCGCGAUUUUCCCACUUUCU